AUGGUUAUUAUAAAACAUCAAAUUGAUAAAAGUAAUGUCAGAUUUAUAAAUAUAUUUAAUGAUUGCCUUUCUUCUUUAAUUAACGUUUAUAUAUUUAAGCAAUACAAAUUCCCAAAAUGGAAAAUAAAUUAUGAUAUAGUUAAAAAAAAUCAAAACCAUAUUUUUAUAAAUCGAGUAAAUGACUAUUUUCAAAAAUUAAUUGAGUCCUUAAGUAGGCUCUUCUGGAAAGGAAGGAAAUGGAAAGGUACUUAUUGGCCAAGCAAAUGGAAAUGGUAUCAUAGACAUGGCUAUUGGGCCACGAGAAAAAAACUCCUAGACUUUGAUAAAUAUAGACCAUACAGGUAUCAUGAAGUUAAAGGUUAUGGAAAAAAAAAAUUACAAUUCUGGCAAGAUCAUUCUUAUUAUAGACCAUUAAAACAAACUACCAAAUUUUGGUAA